GUCAAUGCUGCAGGAAUCCAGGGUCCGCGAUCCGCAAUCUGGGGAAGAUCAUCUGGCAAUGAACCGAGGCUCAAAGGGCCAAAAGGUUGCUUUGGAUAUGUCCCCUCCAAAGUGCUGACAGCUUAUUUACCGGUAAGAGGAUAUCUUGACCUCUUUCUAUUUCACAAUGCCAGAACGUACCGUCUUUUCCACGGUGCUAGACAUUCAUAGGUGAACAACCAUCUAAGUAUACUUCGACGACCGCCGUUACGAUCAUGGCCCAUCUAACACCUUCGUCCUCAACCUCCGGCUUCUUCCAAGCUUUACCGACACUUCCACCACAAUACACCUGGUCCGCCAGCGAGCAAGCCACGGGCAGUCAAUCAGACGACAGAGUCCUUGCCCGAGUCCUCAAUCUAUAUCUCCCCGAUCCACCCACCCCCCAACUAUCUAAACAUUUCCAUGACUUUUCACGACUGGUCCUACACCCAUCAACCCUCCAACACACAGUCAACGCUGAAACGAACCAACCGACCCUCCAUCCUCUCACCACAUUCGGCGAAAUCAACACUACGGACCCUCUACGCACGAGCGAAGGCUGGCGAUCCCUCAAACACAUCCAAACUCAAGCUGGAAUCGUAGGCUAUGGUUAUCCUCAAUACACCCUGCACCAGACUUUCAAUCGACGCAUCCACCAGUUCGCAACUCUCCACCUAUGGCACGGCACUGCCGCCCUGGCAACCUGCCCGAUGGCCAUGACCGAUGGCGCCGCCGUCCUCUUACGCCGACACCUCGACGACCCGGACCAUGACCAACCAGGCCGCAAACAAACCCUCACCGAAUCCUACCGGCGCCUUACCUCCCUCGACUCCUCCUACGCAUGGACAUCAGGCCAAUGGAUGACCGAACGCACAGGCGGCAGCGACGUCAGCAACACCGAGACCACAGCCCGACGUAUGACACCAUCCGAAAUCCAAUCCGACCUCUCCACCGACGCCCACGGUCUGCCCCUCGGCCCCUGGCUAAUCAAUGGCUUCAAAUGGUUCUCAUCCGCCACCGAUGCCGACAUGGCUGUCCUCCUCGCCCAAACAUCCAAAGGUCUAAGUGCCUUUUACGCGCCUUUGCGCCGCCAGACACCUACUUUAAGUGGAAGUGGAAGCCAGAUGAACGGCGUCCGACCCCAACGCCUCAAAUCCAAACUCGGCACAAAAGGUCUUCCCACAGCCGAGCUCGAGAUCAAAAACAUGCGCGCCUUCCUCAUCGGCACCGAAGGCCAAGGCGUCAAAGAGAUCAGCUCCAUCCUCAACAUCACGCGCCUGCACACCGCGAGUGGAGGCGCAGGCUACCUCUCGCGCGGCCUCGCCGUGAGCCGCGCAUACACUCAAGUCCGCGAGGUCCGGGGCGGCCUGUUGGCUGACAACCCACAGCACCUAUCCUGGAUGGCCACCGAAACCGUCAAGUACACCGCCAACACGAACCUCGUCUUCCUAGGUGUUGCGCUCCUCGGCGCAAGCGAACAAGGUGACGCUGCGCGGACACCUGCAUCGUCAAGCAUCAUCCCCAAAGACAAAAAUACAAUUGAUGUCCUUCUGCGAAUAUUGACACCCGUCAUGAAAGCCCAAGUCACGUUGAACAGCGUAUCGGGAUUACAAGCGUGCAUGGAGUCCCUGGGCGGCGUCGGAUACUGCGAGAACAACGAGGACGGCGGCGUCAUGAACAUUGCGCGGCUAUUUCGUGAUGCUGCCGUCGGCCCUAUCUGGGAGGGCACGACGAGCGUGAUGGCCGAGGACGUUCUGAGAGUCAUCAAAAAUCCCAAGGUCAAGACUGACGUGCUCGAUCAGGUCUUUGGGGAGUGGACGCGUGCUGCUCUGCAGGCAGUAAGAUCAGAAUUCCCUGCUGAGGUCACAAUCGUUGAGAAUCGCUAUGCCGCCUUGAAGCAGAUGGUUGGCGGUUUGAAGGCGCAUGAGUUACAUCGUCGCGGAAGGGAAGUUCUCGAGCAUAUCGAGGCCGUGGCCUGUGCGUGCUUGCUCAUGUACGAUGCAUGCUUGGACAAGGACGAAGUCGCCAUGGCUAUUGCGAAGAGGUGGGUGAGGAUGAUCGCCCUGCCUUCCGAUACUGUACAGGGAGGAAGCCUGGGUGCUUGGGAGAAGGAGGUCGAGCUGGAUCGGCGAAUCUUUCUCGGGUCGGAUACUCUGCCUUCGACACGUGCACAGGCAAGACUCUGAAUGUACAAGAUACGGCAGCUGACAGGUUAUGUUCUUAAGGACACAAUUAGUCCAUGGUCAACCUAUUUGGAGGUCGGAUGUCUCUACAGAUGACAUCUUUCAAUCGACUAAGUCGCUCACUCUUCCAACAAAGCCAGCCAGUACGGACGUAUUAGACACUGCAGGUCCUGUCACCGGACCAGGAGCUGUGACA